AACUAACGGUAUUCACUCACUACUUCAUCUCAUUCUCACGUCGGUUGCUUUUCCUUCCAAAAUACAAAAAGAUACCAAAGAAUCUUCCCUCUUCUCCUUAUUUUUAUUAUAUUAUUUAUAACAACAAUAAUCAUAAACUCCUCUAAACAUAGAAUACAAAAUGAGAGCGCUGAAUUCGCAUGUUGUCUUAAUAGACCUUCACUGCACCUCAUGGCAAAGAAACAACAACAAACACCUACUAUUUCCAACAACCUCAAACCUUAACAAUUUCAACUUACUUUCUUCAUUCCGUCGUUCACCUAAACGGAUUCAAUGUUCCAAAUCAUACUCCUCUUCGCCGGAGAUAAGACGCCCCUCCGAUCGCUACUCUAUCGGAAAUGGAUCGUCUCCGUUGAAGAAUUCAGAAAAUCCGGCGACCGCGGAGCUUUAUAUGUUUUUGGAGCUUCUCCCUUUGAAGAUGAGAAAGGAAUUGUAUGAACACAGUGAGAUUGGAGGACUAAUAGAAGUUGUAAUGGAUUUGGGUAGAAAACCUCUUGCUAGGUUUCCUUCUGGUGAUUGGGUCAUUUCUCAACAACCCAUUACCCACGAUGAUUUACGCCACGCCAUUUCCAUGGUUGGUGAUUUUUCUGAUGACAACCGAUCUGGUAUUGAUAGCUCUUUGCAUCGUAUAAGUGCAAUUCGGAACCGUCAGAUGCAAAUCAUUGGCCUUACUUGUCGGGUUGGUCGUGCGGUGAGUGGCAGUGCUGAAAUUAUACGUGAUCUGGUUGAGAGAGGGGGUUCUAUAUUGGUCAUUGGACCUCCUGGUGUGGGUAAAACAACCUUAAUCAGAGAGACUGCUAGGAUGCUGGCGGAUGAGUUCAUGAAGCGCGUAGUAAUAGUGGAUACAUCCAAUGAAAUUGGAGGUGAUGGAGACAUUCCUCAUGAAGGCAUAGGCAGGGCAAGGAGGAUGCAAGUUCCAAAUGUGAAUAUGCAGCAUAAUAUUAUGAUUGAAGCAGUUGAAAAUCACAUGCCUGAAACCAUUAUAAUUGAUGAAAUUGGAACUGAGCUUGAAGCAUUAGCAGCCAGUACCAUUGCUCAAAGAGGAGUUCAAUUGGUUGGAACAGCACAUGGAAUGACCAUUGAUAACAUAAUGAAGAACCCUUAUCUUCAGAUCCUUGUUGGUGGCAUAGAGAGUGUAACCCUUGGGGAUGAGGAAGCCAGGAAAAGAAAAGUGCAGAAGACAAUUCUUGAAAGGAAAGGACCUCCUACAUUUACUUGCGCUGUUGAGAUGAUAUCCAAAACCGAAUGUCGCGUUCAUCAUAGAUUAGAUGCAACUGUGGAUGCCAUUUUGGCAGGAAAACCUCCAUUAUUUGAAGUUCGUCAUUGGGAUGAUUUUUCCAAUGAUUUGGUGAUGCAUGAUCCAAUUCCUGAAAAAUGUCAUGAAGAAACAUCUGAAUAUGAUUUAACUAACAGUAAUAUCGUAAGUUCUGAAAGAGAGUACGGCGAGGAGGAUAAAUACUAUUCUCCCACUCGAUUCGAGAAAUGGAGUAAUAGUGGAUCUGUGAUCAAAAGGAGUUCACCAAUGCAAGUGUACACUUACAAGAUCCUUCAAGCUGAUCUACUACAAGUAGCAAAAGUGAUGGGGUUGGAAGAUUUAAUAGAUGUAACUGAUGACAUUGGAACUGCUGAUGCAAUCCUGGCAUCCUGUUCUGAGUUACGACAGAAUCCAUGGAUCCGCGGUGUGGCGAAAUUCCACCAGUUACCUAUAUUUGUUAUCAAGUUCAACACCAUGGCACGAAUGGUAAAGGCGGUAAGAAUGAUCCUUGGGCUAGAAUCCUUAGGCCCUGCGCAAAAGAAGCCAUCAAAUGGCUCCCCGGAUAUUGAAAUCGAUGAAGACGAACCAAAAAGAAAACCAUCUCUGGAAGAGAUUGAUGCCUUGGAGGAGGUUCGGCUAGCGAUCGAGUACAUAGUAAUUCCAGGUGGAGAGGCUGUGGAACUUCUUCCAAGACGUUCUGAAAUUAUCGACCGGCAGCUUGAACUUGUACAAAGCUAUCAGUUGGCUGCUGAAAAGUCAGGUACAGAUCAAAACACAAGGUUGCAGAUUCUUCCCAUGAGGCUAAGUACUAAAAAAAAAUCCAAGUCUAGUUCUGUUUCCCGCAAGAAAAUAAGUUCUACUUCAGAGGUUUCUGAUGGUGGUGGUGGCAAGGGUACCACUGUCACUAGGCUUCCUAUUUUACCAGAAUGAUUCAAAAAAAAAUUCUUCCAUUUUAACAUAUUUCCGUUCAUUGGUCCGUACAUGUAUGUAUGUAUUAACAUGUACAGUCAUGCAAGUGGUGUAAAUAAUUUAUUUGUAUUUGUUCAUCCAAAGAAAAUAUGAUGAUUUCACUCUUGAAAUCUAGUUCCAUCUUAA